GGGCGGCGAGUCGGGGCCGCCGCGCAGGCAGGGAGGGGGCGGCCGGCCGCCCGGCGGCGACCCGGCCCGGCCGCCACCAUGGGCUUCGAGCUGGACCGCUUCGACGGCGACGUGGACCCGGACCUCAAGUGCGCGCUGUGCCACAAGGUCCUGGAGGACCCGCUGACCACGCCGUGCGGCCACGUCUUCUGCGCCGGCUGCGUCCUGCCCUGGGUGGUGCAGGAGGGCAGCUGCCCGGCGCGCUGCCGCGGGCGCCUCUCGGCCAAGGAGCUCAACCACGUCCUGCCGCUCAAGCGCCUCAUCCUCAAGCUGGACAUCAAGUGCGCGCACGCGGCGCGCGGCUGCAGCCGGGUGGUCAAGCUGCAGCAGCUGCCCGAGCACGCCGAGCGCUGCGACUUCGCGCCGGCGCGCUGCCGCCACCCGGGCUGCGGCCAGGUGCUGCUGCGGCGCGACGUGGAGGCGCACAUGCGGGACGCGUGCGACGCGCGGCCCGUGGGGCGCUGCCAGGAGGGCUGCGGACUGCCGCUGACGCACGGCGAGCUGCGGACUGGCGGCCACUGCUGCGCGCGCGCGCUCCGGGCGCACAACGGCGCGCUGCAGGCCCGGCUGGGCGCGCUGCACAAGGCGCUGAAGAAGGAGGCACUGCGCGCGGGCAAGCGCGAGAAGUCGCUGGUGGCGCAGCUGGCAGCCACGCAGCUGGAGCUGCAGAUGACGGCGCUGCGCUACCAGAAGAAGUUCACCGAGUACAGCGCGCGCCUCGACUCGCUCAGCCGCUGUGUGGCCGCGCCGUCAGGCGGCAAGGGUGAAGAAACCAAAAGCCUGACGCUAGUCCUCCAUCGCGACUCUGGUUCCCUGGGCUUCAACAUCAUCGGUGGGCGGCCCUGUGCGGACAAUCAAGAUGGAUCAUCCAGUGAAGGAAUCUUUGUGUCCAAAAUAGUUGACAGUGGGCCGGCGGCCAAGGAAGGAGGGCUGCAGAUCCACGACCGGAUCAUUGAGGUAAACGGCAAGGACUUGUCCAGAGCAACCCAUGACCAAGCCGUGGAAGCUUUCAAAACCGCCAAGGAGCCCAUCGUGGUCCAGGUGUUGAGGAGGACACCCAGGACCAAAAUGUUCACGCCGCCCUCACAGCUGCAGCUGGUGGACACGGGCACGCAGACCGACAUCACCUUUGAGCACAUCAUGGCCCUCUCCAAACUGUCCUCACCCACCCCACCCGGGCUGGACCCCUACCUCCUGCCCGAAGAGCAUCCCUCAGUCCACGAAUACUACGAUCACAAUGACUACAUGGGCGGCAUCCAUCCGGAGAUGGACAGGGAGGAGCUGGAGCUGGAGGAAGUGGACCUGUUCCGGGUCAACAGCCAGGACAAGCUAGGCCUCACCGUGUGCUACCGGACGGAUGACGAGGACGACAUUGGCAUAUACAUCAGUGAGAUCGAUCCAAAUAGCAUUGCAGCCAAGGACGGGCGCAUUCGAGAGGGAGACCGCAUCAUCCAGAUUAACGGGAUAGAGGUACAAAACCGUGAGGAGGCAGUGGCACUUCUAACAAGCGAGGAAAACAAGAAUUUCUCCCUGUUGAUUGCACGGCCAGAGCUCCAGCUGGACGAGGGCUGGCUGGACGAUGACCGGAACGACUUCCUGGAUGAUCUCCACAUGGACAUGCUGGAGGAGCAGCACCACCAGGCCAUGCAGUUCACAGCCAGCGUGCUGCAGCAGAAAAAGCACGAGGAAGACGGCGGCACCACGGACACGGCCACCAUCCUGUCCAACCAGCACGAGAAGGACAGUGGCGUGGGGCGGACGGACGAGAGCACCCGCAAUGACGAGAGCUCGGAGCAGGAGAACAACGGGGACGACCCCGCGGGCGCCUGCAACCCGCUGGCCGGCCAGCGCAAGCUGACCUGCAGCCAGGACACGCUGGGCAGCGGCGACCUGCCCUUCAGCAACGAGUCCUACUGCACGGACGCCGACUGCCUGGGCAUCCCCGCCGACGAGUGCGAGCGCUUCCGAGAGCUGCUGGAGCUUAAGUACCGCGUGCAGAGCGCCAGCCCCUUCGGCCUGGACGAGCCCAGCAGCCCCCCGGACGCCGGCCGCAGUGACCCCGAGAGCGUGGACAAGGAGCUGGAGCUGCUCAACGAGGAGCUGCGCACCAUCGAGCUCGAGUGCCUGAGCCUCGUGCGCGCGCACCGCCUGCAGCAGCUGCGCCAGCAGUGCCGCGACGCCUGUGCGCUGCACCCGGGAGGCUUCCGCGCCUGCGCAGCCAGCCCUGACAUGCACCCUGGCAGCUAUCGCGCCUGCGCCAGCCUGGACGUGCGGGGCCGCGAGCUGGCUGACAUCACCGAGCUGCCCGAGAGGUCCGACAAGGACAGCUCCAGCGCCUACAACACCGGCGAGAGCUGCCGCAGCACCCCGCUCACGCUGGAGAUCUCCCCCGACAACUCCCUGCGGAGGGCCGCGGAGGGCAGCGGGGGAGAAGGGGCCGCCCCCCAAAACCUACUCACCAUCACCGAGGAUGCCGACGUGGCCACCCCCGGCUACAGCCCUGCGCCUGAGCUGGGCCUCGGCCAGCCCCCCGAGGGCACCGAGGUGAAGGCCGAGGGCGGCCGCAGCCCCACGCCCAGCGCCAAGCUGGGCAGCGCCUACCUGUCCCCCUGCCACCACUCGCCCUACAAACACGCGCACAUCCCGGCGCACGCGCAGCACUACCAGAGCUACAUGCAGCUGAUCCAGCAGAAGUCGGCCGUGGAGUACGCGCAGAGCCAGAUGAGCCUGGUGAGUGUGUGCAAGGACCUGCACGGGGCCGGCCAGGCCGAGCCCCGGAUGGAGUGGAAGGUGAAGGUCCGGAGCGACGGCAGCCGCUACAUCACCAAGAGGCCCGUGCGUGACCGGCUGCUGCGCGAGCGCGCCCUCAAGAUCCGCGAGGAGCGCAGCGGCAUGACCACGGACGACGAUGCCAUCAGCGAGAUGAAGAUGGGGCGCUACUGGAGCAAGGAGGAGCGCAAGCAGCACCUGGUGAAGGCCAAGGAGCAGCGGCGCCGGCGCGAGUUCAUGCUGCAGAGCCGCCUGGAGUGCCUGCGCGAGCAGCAGGGCGCCGACGACAAGCGCGAGGUCAGCAUCCUGGAGCUGAGCCACAAGAAGAUGAUGAAGAAGCGCAACAAGAAGAUCUUCGACAACUGGAUGACCAUCCAGGAACUCUUGACGCACGGCACCAAGUCCCCCGACGGCACCAGGGUGUACAAUGCCUUCCUGUCCGUGACGACUGUAUAA